AUGGCCAUUGUUGGUGCUGGCCCGGUUGGGUCAUUGGCCGCGCUAUAUGCUGCUCAGCGAGGCUACAAUGUGGAGGUUUAUGAGCUUCGCCCAGAGCGCGGCAUGAAGGCCUUGCGUAAAGCGGAGCAACCAGAUCUCCUCCAGCGCGUUAUUGAUGCCUCGAUACCCAUUCGAGGUAGGAUGAUUCACGGGAAAAAAUCAUUCGGAGACACGUUUGAACUGUCCGAAGGUUUUGAUACUCUCGACAACUUCGUUCGUGCCAAUUUUCAUGGCACGGCUUUGUUUGAAGACGAAGACUGGCUCUCCCAUAGUGCCGAGGUCAAAUUUGACAUGAUGCUCGGUGCUGACGGCGCGCACUCUACCGUCCGUUACAACAUGAUGAAAGUCUCUUGCAUGGAUUAUCAACACGAGUACAUUGAACUGUUGUGGUGUGAGUUCAACAUCAAGCCCGGCAAAGCACACAACGACGGAGCACGCGGGUGGAAGAUCAUGCCGAACUACCUGCACAUUUGGCCCGCGGGAGAUUUCGCAUUCAUUGCCAUUCCCAACAAAGUAAGAUACUUCGAAUUCAGCGCCCGUAAAUUUCUCUGUUUGCCAUCUCUGACCGGAUUAGGACGGCUAUUUGCCUGCACCGUCUUCAUGCCAGCGGGUAUCUUUGCCACGCUGAAGGCUGAUGAAUCCCAAAUUCCUUCAAUUUUCGAUGCAAACUUUCCAGGAGUGCGAAAUCACAUCUCGGACAAGUACCUUAUCCAAUCACUCCACGAAAGUCCCCAGCAGCCUUUGAUCAGCGUCAAGUGCAGACCGUACCAUUUUGGAUCGUCCGGCGUCAUCCUUGGAGACGCAGCACAUGCCAUGCUUCCUUUCUAUCAAGGAAUGAACGUGGGUACAGCCAUGGGCAAAAAGGCGUUCCGCUUUUCAACCUAG